AUGGAGCGGGACGGCAACUUCUCGGGGGAGAUCAGCGACGCCGUCAGCAAGAUCCUGGACGACUACGACUGGUCCAAGAUUCCUCUCGCUAACAAGUGCUAUAUCUACAAAUCUUUGCAGAGCUUUGUGCAGCAAGAGAUCCUUGAGCGAAAGCCCGUCGCCGCCUCCCGCUUCCUGCCACCCGCGGCCCACCUCACGUCUUCGGCAGUAUCGGUGUCAAUUUCCCCGUCGGCUGCCGUCGCUGCUGCUGCGUCCCUCCUACGUCGAAAGGUUCAUAGGUGCGACUUUGAAGGGUGCGAGAAAGUUUACACCAAAAGUUCCCACUUAAAGGCUCACAAAGGACUCAUACAGCACACGGGAGAGAAGCCUUACCAGUGUACAUGGGAGGGCUGCAUGUGGAGAUUUGCACGUUCUGAUGAGCUGACUCGUCAUUAUCGUAAACAUACUGGCCAGAAGCCCUUCAAGUGCCAACUGUGCCAACGGUCGUUCUCUCGCUCGGAUCACCUUUCCCUCCACAUGAAGAGGCACUGUACGGCCUAAGGUUAUAGUGCGCCCCUUCCGAGCUUAGAUCUCAUAGCUACCUAAAUGCAAUUAUCGAGACAUUUAAAGGCAGCACGAAGCAUUUAUUUAAUCAAUUAACACAGAUUAGUAACCAAGUAAAUAAAAGAAGUACCAAGAGUCUUUUCUCUUUAUAGCUAUUACAUUUCAUACCGUGGGUAUAACAGGUAUGAGGUACAAAUGGCUUCUAAAGUGAAUUUUCUGCCCAUUGGUAUUCAUUCCAAUUUUUACAUGAAAUCCGUUUGGUGAUUUACAAAAGUAAAUUGGGUUUCCUGGGCUUCCUAAAUAAUGAACACUGGUGACAGUGCGUGAAACCUUGUACAGUUUCCAGUAGGUUGGCUUAAGACUGACUAUAUAAGGAAAAAUGAUUUGUAACAGUGAUUGUGUGAUAAAACUGAAAAGUCAAAAGAUUUGAAUAUCAAAUAGUGCACAUAGUGAUGGAUAAAAUAAGAAAAAAAGACUAUCUGAAUGAUCUACAAAUCUGACGAGUGCUUUGCUCCCAAAGACAAUAUUACCCGACAUUAUACACUGAACCGCUGUCUUCCAGAUGCCUUGUGACUUAUCGUAGAGUGUAUUUUCAUUUCAGAGGAAUGAUGAGCUCCGAAGUCAUUCAACAUGAAUUGGAUUUUAUAAGUAAUCCUGAUCAAUUUUGCUUGAUAUUUGGCAAGAUUAUGAUAUUCUUCCGAUUUUAUCUAUGGCAGUGUAAACUAAAACCUUUACGCUUGAAAAAAAAUCAAGGUGAUACUUUUUACAGAUACAGUGCAUAGUAGUCUUCCAACUUCCUUGUGAUGGAAUCAGUGUUAACUUUCGAGAUCUUCCAUUGCCGAGCUGAAAGGCCAGGCUAGACUCUGGCGGGUCACCUUUCUGUACACACUCCAACCCUUUGGUAAAGAAAAUGCAGAAUUUAUUGUGCUCAAAUGUUAUUUGGCGUGGUUGUCCUAGAUAACUAUAUUUUCAUGGUAUUGGUGAAACCGAAUAUUUUAUUUACAUUUUGCUGGAAUAUUUAUCUCGUCCCAGUACCUCGCUGAGUGUUUACAUUGUUGGGUGAUUUGUCAGAGAUACGGUUAGGGACCACUGACUACCAGGCCUCAAUGCUGAAGCCUUUGCUCGAUAUAUAUGUAGAGUUUGCAGUCUUCAGGAUGUAUGUAGAAUAUAUAAUUUCCAUGAUGUAUCUAGGAUACACAAUUCUCAAGGAUGUAUCAUGAUACAGUCUUCAGGUAGUAUCUAGAUUAUACAGUUUUUAAGGCUGUGCUUAUCCGCUAAUAUACCUAGAAAAAGGAAAUCUCCAUGGUAUAUUUAGGAAUACGCAGUCACCGGAAUAUUUGUAGAAUCAAAAGAACUGUGAUUUCUCUCACUGUACUUAUUUCUGCAUUUGUCUGAAUUAUGCCCACUAGGGGCUCCACAUAUGUAUAGUACAAACUACAAGCCAGAAAGUUUGGUUCACGGCUCAAACUAAUAACGGCCUGCCUGCGUGUAUCUGACUACUCCACACUUUACUCCAGAGGCUAGAAAACAAUGUCCGCUGAAAUGCGGUAGACUUCGUUUUUCUUUGAUUCACAAUAGUCCAAAAUGGUGCUUACAACCACUUCGUGAUGAUGCAUUCUACUAGAUUAUAAGGGCUGAUAGUCCGUGGCCCAUUAACAAAAUUUAUCUGUUUCGUUACAUUCAACAAAAAUGGAUCGCUGUCUUUGUGGUUCAGGUUGUUAGCACAAUCCCUCUACCGGUCCUCAGCGUUUAUUGACUACCAGAGGAUGUCAAGAAUGCAACAAUUAUACAGGCAAUUUAAGAUCCAGUAUUCCAUUCCAUAAAUUAAUAUCUACUUGUUUUAAGGUGUGUGUUCAUAGCUGAUAAUUUUUACACAGUAUUUAGGAUGUAGAGAACAAGGAAAAUGAAAGUGGAAUUCAGCAUGCUUGCAGUAUUUCCGUGGGUAGAAGAAGUGGAUAUUCAGAAUAAAAAAGUGUGUAAAGGGACAUAAUCAAGAGGCAAAAUAUAACGGCAAUAUCGGUGU